AUGGACGAAUUAAAGCUACGGGCUGGUGAGAAGCUCGAGGCCCUUCACUCGGCAGCUAAAGCAGCAGCAGAUGGGAGUAAAACAAGAGUCCGGGAAGUAGCAUCACAAACAAGUGAACUCUUUAGAAAGCCAUCUUCUGGACCAGCUCUGAGACGAGAGGAGAGCACGGCUGCGCUUGCUGCAAAGGCUGCUGCUCGGACAAGGGCUAUUUUAAAAGACACGCACAAUAAGCCAAAUGAGAUCAAAGAGUCACUCAAUAUUUAUGUGCAGACCAAGAAAAAACAAGAUGUUAAAAAGGCUAAUAAACUACAUGCAGUUAGGGAGAUAUCUAAAGAACUUAAAAGUAUAUUAAAACCUAUCCUCAAAGAUCCAUCAGAGUCGUUAGGUAAACUUAAAUUGUCUGAACCUUCAAGCAAGAAAAAAGAAGAGACUUUAAAUAAAGAAAAACCAACAAAGCAAAUAGUACCAUCAACACCUACACUACCUGAUGACAUAGAAGAUAUUGAUGCUAGGGAUAACAAUAGCCCACUUCGCAUGUCAAUGUACAUUAAAGAUAUUUAUGAAUAUUUAACAGAACUGGAAGAAAAAUACCCUAUUGAAUUUGAUUUCCUAAGUAAACAGACUGUGAUCACCGGAAAAAUGAGGGCAACUCUUAUUGAUUGGUUGGCAGUACCAAAUGUUCAACGGAAUCGACUGCAGUUGAUUGGUGUAACAGCUAUGUUCAUCGCCAGCAAGUAUGAAGAAAUUUAUGCUCCUGAUGUAGGAUAUUCUUUAGAGCACAUUGAUCCUAUCAUUAGAAAGUUAGCUGAAGUAUGGACACCGACACUCUCAUAUUACUCAGGAUAUUCUUUAGAGCACAUUGAUCCUAUCAUUAGAAAGUUAGCUGAAGUAUGGACACCAACACUCUCAUAUUACUCAGGAUAUUCUUUAGAGCACAUUGAUCCUAUCAUUAGAAAGUUAGCUGAAGUAUGGACACCAACACUCUCAUAUUACUCAGGAUAUUCUUUAGAGCACAUUGAUCCUAUCAUUAGAAAGUUAGCUGAAGUAUGGACACCGACACUCUCAUAUUACUCAGGAUAUUCUUUAGAGCACAUUGAUCCUAUCAUUAGAAAGUUAGCUGAAGUAUGGACACCAACACUCUCAUAUUACUCAGGAUAUUCUUUAGAGCACAUUGAUCCUAUCAUUAGAAAGUUAGCUGAAGUAUGGACACCAACACUCUCAUAUUACUCAGGAUAUUCUUUAGAGCACAUUGAUCCUAUCAUUAGAAAGUUAGCUGAAGUAUGGACACCGACACUCUCAUAUUACUCAGGAUAUUCUUUAGAGCACAUUGAUCCUAUCAUUAGAAAGUUAGCUGAAGUAUGGACACCAACACUCUCAUAUUACUCAGGAUAUUCUUUAGAGCACAUUGAUCCUAUCAUUAGAAAGUUAGCUGAAGUAUGGACACCGACACUCUCAUAUUACUCAGGAUAUUCUUUAGAGCACAUUGAUCCUAUCAUUAGAAAGUUAGCUGAAGUAUGGACACCAACACUCUCAUAUUACUCAGGAUAUUCUUUAGAGCACAUUGAUCCUAUCAUUAGAAAGUUAGCUGAAGUAUGGACACCAACACUCUCAUAUUACUCAGGAUAUUCUUUAGAGCACAUUGAUCCUAUCAUUAGAAAGUUAGCUGAAGUAUGGACACCAACACUCUCAUAUUACUCAGGAUAUUCUUUAGAGCACAUUGAUCCUAUCAUUAGAAAGUUAGCUGAAGUAUGGACACCAACACUCUCAUAUUACUCAGGAUAUUCUUUAGAGCACAUUGAUCCUAUCAUUAGAAAGUUAGCUGAAGUAUGGACACCGACACUCUCAUAUUACUCAGGAUAUUCUUUAGAGCACAUUGAUCCUAUCAUUAGAAAGUUAGCUGAAGUAUGGACACCAACACUCUCAUAUUACUCAGGAUAUUCUUUAGAGCACAUUGAUCCUAUCAUUAGAAAGUUAGCUGAAGUAUGGACACCAACACUCUCAUAUUACUCAGGAUAUUCUUUAGAGCACAUUGAUCCUAUCAUUAGAAAGUUAGCUGAAGUAUGGACACCAACACUCUCAUAUUACUCAGGAUAUUCUUUAGAGCACAUUGAUCCUAUCAUUAGAAAUUUAGCUGAAGUAUGGACACCAACACUCUCAUAUUACUCAGGAUAUUCUUUAGAGCACAUUGAUCCUAUCAUUAGAAAGUUAGCUGAAGUAUGGACACCAACACUCUCAUAUUACUCAGGAUAUUCUUUAGAGCACAUUGAUCCUAUCAUUAGAAAGUUAGCUGAAGUGUGGACACCAACACUCUCAUAUUACUCAGGAUAUUCUUUAGAGCACAUUGAUCCUAUCAUUAGAAAGUUAGCUGAAGUAUGGACACCAACACUCUCAUAUUACUCAGGAUAUUCUUUAGAGCACAUUGAUCCUAUCAUUAGAAAGUUAGCUGAAGUAUGGACAACAACACUCUCAUAUUACUCAGGAUAUUCUUUAGAGCACAUUGAUCCUAUCAUUAGAAAGUUAGCUAAAAUCGUCGUCAAUGUCGAAAAUUCCAAACUUAAAGCGGUUUAUAAUAAAUAUUUGGAUACAACACUAGCCAAAAUUCGUGAGGCAUUCCAAGAGCUGUGGCAGAAUGAUUUAAUCAUAGAAAGCCGCGAACGGGUGGCUGCGUGGUCGCGAGACGCCGUGCAACGUAUAAAAGAUGGUACUCCGCCUCUCUCGCCGCUCCUGCUGUAUGAUGAGCUGGUGACCCUGUUUAAAGAUCGAAUGUGGCGCCGCAGCGUAGCUUUGUUUACGUUUGGCGCGUUGUUGGGUGGAAGUGCGGGACUGCUGCUUGGACUCCGAGCGGCGACUCGGGUGCCCUCGGGACCCCACGCGAGGGCUUUACUUGCCCAGCCCGACCGAGCUGUUUUGCUGGUUGACGAUGCUGUUAUGCCAGGUGCUGGUGCGGGGGAAGUGCUGGUGCGCGUGCAGGCGUUUAGCGUGUGCGCGUGCGACCGCGCCGUGCUGCGCGGCCGCGCCGCAGCGCUGCGCACACUUGCUACGCGCUCGCAGCUCUGCAUCGGACGCGGGUUCGCUGGCGUGGUGCUGGACGCGGGGCCGGGCGUGGCGCUGGAGCUGGGUGACGAGGUGUGGGGCUGCCUCAGCGAGUGGAGCGGUGGCGCUGCCAGCGAGCUGCUCACGCUAUGCAGUUCAAGGGUGAGCAAACGUCCUCGAGGGCUGAGUGCGGACGUGGCUGCAUCAUUACCGUGGGCGGGGACCUUCGCAAUACACGCUCUACAGACAUCACCUUACGCAGACGAGCAGUGGAAGGGGAAGAGAGUGGCUAUCCUCGGCGCGACUACUGGUGAAGGUUUGGCUUUGCUGCAGCUGCUCAGUCGCAAAGGAGCUAAGACUUCGGUCACCGCGCCGAGAAAAUACCAAAAUAUCUUGUAUGAAUUUGGAGCGACAGAGUUUAUAGAGUUGGACACGAACGAUCCCGCGGUGUGGAGCUGGGACGCUGUGGAGCAGUUCGCGUGCCGACGCGGGCCGUGGGACGCGCUGUUGUGCUGCGAGGGCGCCGGCAGCCCGCGCGCACGCCCCCGCAGCGUGCCCGCGCUGCUCAAGUCGACAGCUCCCAAAAGUGCCUUUAUUGACCUCCGGUCUAAAGCCCUCCUGACUGACAGGCUGCCAACCCCGCUCUGGCUCGUCUUCAGCGCCUCUUUCUAUACAUACAGAAUGUUAAGGUGGGCGGUGGGGCUGGGCACGCACACGGACUGGCUGGAGCCCGGCGCGCGGCUCACUGCCGGGCUCAGCGAGCUGGCGGAGCUGGUCGACAGUGGCCACCUCACACCCACCCUGGAUAAGGUGUACCUUCCCCUAGACUUCGAGACCGCUUUGGCGCAUGCCUGUAGUGAUGAUGCGUUUGGCUCCACCGUCAUUCGGUUUCCAUAA